GUUCUACCUUUCUUUCUGUCAAAUUUCAGGAAUACAAAGAGAUGAAGAUUUUCUGGACAGUGAUAGAGAUAUGCCUGAUUGGUUCCUUUCUGAUCGUGAUCGGACUGGUCCGAAUCAUACCAAAGUUCAUCCCCUUCAUCAAGUACACCACGGCUAAAUUUGUCAUGAGUUUGGGCCUCCUAUACUUCUACUACAGGUUACUGAGUGUUUUCCUUCCCAUCAGCCCUGUACUUGGACCGAUGAUGAUCAACUUUAGAAUAAUGAUGAAGAAGGACUUUGUGACUUGGUUUAGGAUGUUCCUUGUGUUUAUGAUUGCGGGGGGUAUCACCAUUCAGGCCACGCUGUACCCGAACUUCCCGGCAUCGGAGGAGGGCAUUGUCAGUGCUCUCAGCAGGGCCUUCUUCGGAAUGUUCCUCACGAAAAUUGAUGACCUUGACAGUAAUGAACGGUGCGAGAACUUCUAUGCCAACCAAACAAGAGAAGUAUGCUACAAUGCUGCUGCUUCAUUUUGGAAAAGAAAUACAAGUCAGAUUAGGUUUCAUCCGGAGUUUGCUGAGUGUCCGUAUCGUAGCUUUGGUGGUUACGCGAUGGUGAUCCAGUAUCUCGUCAUUACGAAACUCAUCCUUCUAACUCUCCUCUACGCUAUGUUCAGUGUAACCAAUGCCAAGGUUCAGCAGGAAUCAGAGGAAAUCUGGAAGUACCAGGUGUACAGCAUCAUUGUGGACUUUGAGACUCGUCUGAGAUUGCCUGCUCCAUUUAAUUUCAUCAGCUACAUCAUCAUGAUGUUUGAGUUCAUCUUUGAUAAACUUAAACUGUGCCUAAAGAAAUGCUGCCAUUCUUCAUGCUGUAGGAAGAAAAAGGACCAAGUGGAGUGUGUUGACAAUGUGUCUGUUGUUAAAGUCAAGGACUCGACAGACUACAGCUACUGGAAGAUCUGUCUAAAGAAACUGAACGAAGAACAGGAACAAGAGGAAAGAGAGGCUGCACGACAUACAAUGCAAAGUCAGAGAAUAGAACAUCUGGUAACACAAUCCAAACUACAGAGGGAGUAUAAUGACAGAAUGACAGAGCAGAUGUCAAAUCUGGAGAGACAGUUGAUUGCCUGUAGUUUAGCUUUGGAGCAGAUUGCCCACAAAAUAGAUACAAUUGAUCCCCAGGCCCGGCCAGAAUUAGAGACUGCCACCUCCCUACACAUCGCUAGUCGUCAGUCUCCGUAUCCCUACACCAAGAUACAGAGGUUUCCUGUCUUUGACAAGUAUGUCAGUUGGGAAGAACCUUAUCCUACCUAUGAUCCUGUCCUUUACACCAAACCUGUGGAUGAAUACAAAGAAUCUAUACAGAGUCUGGUGGAUCCUGAUUUUAUUGAGAUCAGACAGCGUGUGGAAAGCAGCAGCCAGAGUCAGGAGGAGAGAACCAGUAUACUUUCAGCGUAUGGGUACCAGAAACCCUUAUGGAAUCUGUCAGCUACAUAUGUUAUUAAUGAGACUAACAUAGAAAUCAACAGAGUAUCUUGGAUCACAAAGGAUGGUGUACCAAUAAGAUAUGAGCUUGACUCAUCCAACAUGCCUAUAAAUCCUAUGGGUCGUACUGGUAUGAGAGGAAGAGGGAAGUUGAGGAGAUGGGGGCCGAAUCAUUGUGUGAUGUUGGUCGUGUCCAGAUGGAAGAGAUUUCUGUCUACGAGUCAGAACCAGCAGAACUUCAUCACGGUGGACGGCAAAAAAGUCCUAGAGGUCGCUGUAUUUCAGAAGAAGGAAUCAGGGGAGUUCACUCUGCCAAGU